AUGGUGUCACCUGAGUUUGCCAACUGGCGACGACUGGGGCUGGUAAAUGACAAAUCACCGUCUCCGCCAUCACGACUGCGUCUGGCCACGCCGAAAUUGACAUUAUCUACCCAAACCAGAGGCCACCGCAUUGCCAAACCCCAACCAAAGAAGCUGUGGAUCUCCCGCAUCGUCAGCUGGGGCUCCGACGCUGGCGCCUCUCUGAAACAGAAUAAUCAUGAUGAUGUCGACAAUAUCAUCGCUAGAGUGGAACAGCGGCGGGACCGGCUGUACUCUCAGGGGGGCGAUAAUGGCCGCCAUGAUCUGGGGAACUUGAGGGUCACUCACAGCCAACCUGGAGCUUGGGACAAUAACCAAAACUUGACAGGCGAUACUAACCGGGCGGAAUUGACUGACGCUCAUCGGGAAAUUGAACGCCUUCGCCAGUACAUGGAAGUUCUCGAACAACAGGCCCAGGAGGCGGUCCAGCUCCGCCAGGACGUGAUCCGGUACCGUCAGGCGGCGCAGGAAGCCGCUGCUGACCGCGACGACCUUGAGUAUGAGCUUCUUGAGCUUAAGAAAAGCAUCAGCAAACAGACAUUGCUGGAAGACGACCGCCUUCGCUACCAACGGGCUUUGGAAGAUACACUCGAUGAGGAACGGCGUCAAUGGGAACGGGAACGGGCUCAGGAACGCAUCGAAUGGCAACAGGACCUCCAGGACCGGAUCGAUAAGGCAGUUGAUGAAGUCAGCCGAAGACUCCAGAUCCGCCACCAACAGGAGCUUGAAGUAGCGGUUAACGAGGAAACUUUUCGUGUCGAACAGCAGUAUGCUGCUAAGCUUGAACAGAUGCGGCGAGAUGAGGACGAUCUCGCAGAUGUCCAACGGUUAGUCAACCACAAGCAGUUGGAGCUUACCCGGCUUUCGACGGACACGGCUCAGCAGCGACUGCUCCUUCAACACCAAGCGCAACAAAUUGACGAGGAAAAGCGCCAGCUUCAAGAGCUCAGGGACGAGACCAACAAACAGUCGCAGCGGUUACAAGAUAUGGUCGCCAAAGUGGAAACCACUAGCCGCGAAUUAAACAGAAUGACGCUGGAUGUGGCCAGUGUCUCCACAGUAAUGACGGCGAUGAUCCGUUGGGGGCUUGCCGUGUUGGAUGAAUCGUAUAAUCUCGACGAUAUCGUUGCUCGCAUCAACCGGUUGAUGGAACGUGGUGUGGUGUUGGAGCCAUUGUCGCCUCUGGACCAACGGACGAUUGCUGCCAUGAGCCAAAGCCAAUUGGACCAGGAGUACCGCUAUUUAAUUGGUGAAGAGAUUCCUGGGUGGGGUUUCACUUACGACCGGGACCCUACUCGCCAGGGGCCUCGCCAACACUUACUCAACUCCUACGUUUACCUUCAAGCAGUGGUGGAGAGACUCCGCACGAUAUUGUUGGAACUGCUUCGCCAGGCAUCGGCGAUGCCUGCCAAAGAAUUUGCCCAGGUGGUAAAGCUUUGGGAGAGCGAGCGCUUCGAAUUGAUGACGUGCCGUCGCGUGCUGAAGUGGGGGUCGCUGCCCCUCCGACCCCACCAGAGAUGA